AUGCAUAGACAAUAAUAUUGUACAAUAUUUGAUCAUUCAUAACUGCCUAUAUUUGGUGUAUGCUUAGAUUAGAAAUGCAAUUCAUAGAGACCAUAUUGUCAUAAGUGUAUGCAAUCAAUACACAUAAAUCAUGUUACAUCUUUAAUUUCAUUUGAGGAAUUUUCAGAAUGGAUUAGAAAUCGGUAGAAUUAGAUCUAAGAGCUAAAGAAAUUCAUCACUCUGAGCUAAUUAACAACAGAAUAACUUAAGUUUAUUAAUCAUAUUUAAGAAAUGGAAAUCAAUUAAGAAAAAAUGCAAUAAUUAGAAUUAUCUUAAUUAAAUAUUAUAGCCUAUAAUUUGACUAAAAUAGAUCACUUAUUAGGCUUCAAAGAUUGGCAAUAAACAAAUAAAAACCUUCUUGAAAUUAAUAAGAUAUGUCAAACAAUGAAACAAAUUGCUUAUAUGGUUUCCAAUAAAGAUUAAGUUCAGAAUCUUAAGAAAUAAAAUUUUGAAUAAAAUAAAUUAGGAUAAGAUCAGUAGCAAGUAAUUAAUGAUAAAUCACCCUUAAUUAAUAACCCUAGAGUCUAAAUUGAAAAAAUAAAUUAACAAUAAGAAGUGCCAAAUUAAAAGAUUAAAUGGUAAGAGAAGAGCAAAGAAUUUGAAUUACUAAUAUGGAGUGAUCCCAGAUUCAUAAGAACUAAAUUAUAAAUAAACUAAACAAAAAAUACAGAAGUUUAAUAUAUUAAAGAUGGGUUUAUUUUAAGAAGGUAGCUUUAUUUUAUAAUGAUUAGCGAUUUAAUAACAACAACAGACCAAAAAAUACUAAAAAAUAUAGAAUAAAUUAAAAAUUUAGAAUGGAGGGGUAAUUUUGGAAAUAAUAACCUGAAAGUAGGAAAAUGGGUCGUAACAUGGUUGGGUAAAACUUUGGAAGGCGUAGGUGGAUUGUACACUGUUGAUGGGUAAAAACAUGGUAGGUGGAGAGAAUUAAGUUAGAAUUAUUGGACGUAAAAUUGAUAUAAUUGCAUAAUUAGUUUGGCUUAGGUGUAUGAAGAGGGGGAGUAUAAUAAUGGUUUAAGAAUAGGAGUUUGGAAAUACUUUUAUUAAGAUAAAUAAAUGUAUCAAAUUCAUGCAAUAAGUUAGCAAUGGUGGUUUAUAUAAUAAUUAAGGUUAAAAGAAUGGAGAAUGGCAAGAGUUGAGUACCGAGUUUUGGGAUAAAUCGUAAAUAAUUUAUCAUGGUGUGUACAAAAAUGGAAAUAAGGUUGGUCGAUGGGUUACAAAGUAUGAAGGAUCAGAGAUGUAAUAUAAAUACAAGUAUUAGUGGUGGUGGCCUAUAUGAAGAUUAUCAGGAAUAGGAUAAUUUCGUUUUAGUUUAAAACAACCUGUUUAAAGAAUAUGAUUUUUAGUCAAUCGUUUUGAAAUAGCUAGAUGAUGAUCAAUCAUAAAACUCCAUUAUAGACAAUUCGACUGAUUCAUUGGAUCAUAAAUAUGAAGUAGUUGAUAAUUUGAUAUGCCCAAAUAAAGUUGGUAAAUGGAUUGAAUUGAGCAAUGGGUUUUAUAAGAAUUCCUAAGUUACAUAUGAGGGUGAAUAUAGAAAUGGUAAGAAAUUUGGGAGAUGGGAGAUUUUGUGGAAAAAUAGUUUUGAAGAUAAAAAUAAAGUUUAGAUGUACUCAUUAUAUUUUAAAAUUCAUUAGCGGUGGUGGAUCAUAUGAUUAGGAAUCAUAGCUAAAGACUGGAAAAUGGGUUGAAUUGAGUGAAGGAUUUUGGGAAAAUUCUUAAGUUAUAUACAAAGGUGAAUAUAAAAAUGGUAAAAAGCAAAAUUCUUGGACCAUUGAAUCUCUUGGAGAAUAAAUGUAAAAUUAUUUUUAUAAUUAUUUUAUAAUAGUGGGGGGGGAUCAUAUGAUAAAGAAGGUUAAAUUAAAAUAGGAAGUUGGAUAGAACCCAUUAAUGGAUAUUUCGGAGGAGCCUAAGUAAUUGAAAAAGGCUAGUAUUUAAAUGAUAAAAAAGUAGGCAAGUGGGAUAUAUGUUAUCGAGAGUAAGAGAACCAAUCUUUUAUUACAAUGUAAAAAUAUGAAAGAUAUUAAAUUUUAGAGGUGGAGGAUCAUAUGAUUAAAAUAGUUCAGUUAAAACAGGAAAUUGGAUUGAAUUAAAUGAAGGGUUUUGGGAUAGAUCUUAGGUCACAUUUAACGGAGAGUAUAGAAAUGGUAAAAAGGUUGGUCGUUGGAAUAGCUAUUUAAAGAAAAAUUAUGGGGAUUAUCAGAAUGUGUAAAUGUAAAAAUAAAUAUUAUAUUCUCUCUAUUUUAGUGGUGGUGGAUCAUAUAGUGAAUAAGACUCUCUUAAGAUUGGAGAAUGGAUUGAUCUGAAAGAUCAAUUUAUAGUGUUUUAGUAACUUGUUUAUAAAGGUGAAUAUAAAGAUGGUAAAAAAAUUGGAACUUGGAUGGAAAUAGAAAUUAGAAAAAAUGAGACCAGAGGUAUUCUUAAUUAUGAAAAUUGAAUAAUCAUAAUUCAUAUUUAAAUAAAAU